UUAAAGAGCAUGUAAAAUGUAAAGAUCAUAUUGAAGCAGAAAAAUUAGAAACAGCACGUUUGCCUCUUCGGCUUUUACCUUUCAUCAUUGAAAUGAUGAAAGAAUCAGGAAUACCACAUAUAUCUGAUGCAUUUGGAAUAAUGAUUGACAAAAGUACAGAUAUUACAACAACCAAAUAUUUAGAUAUAUAUGCUUCAUAUGUAGCUAAAAAUAGAACAUUCAAAACACAUUUUUUAUGUCUUUUACCUUUAACUGAUUGCGAUGCAGAAACAUUUGCCUCAGAUGGUGCUUCAGUUAUGUUAGGAAAAGAUGAAGGUAUUGCAGCAAAGCUUUCAAGAGUAUGUACUUAUCCUUUAAUUGUUAAUCAUUAUGUGACUCAUAGGUUGGCUUUAGCAU